GCCGUUCACGGGCCUCCUCUGACCUUUCCCCACUGCGGGCCAGGCCUCAGCCCCGAGUCUCUGUUUCCAAGGGACCAGAGCCUAUGCUUCUGCCUGAAUCACCGGGAGUUACUGACCAAACGAGGACUUUGUUCCCCUCUCCUGGGCCUGACGGGGGACAUUUCUGUCUUGGAUCCGGUGAGCCUUAGAAGGCUCCUUCAGGGAGUAUGAAGUUGGAAGGGUUGGGUAGUCCAGGGACACGGAGUGAUCAAAGUAUCGGUCUGAGGGAGGGGGGAGGGACCAAGCCUAACCUGCAGGGAGGAGUAACUCCGUCAACACAGAGGAUCAAAUUCCUCCGGGGUGAACUCCGAGAUAAAAGGCUGACCCUGGAGGCUUCCGGAGGUAGAGAGAGCAGGGGAGACUGUCCACUUUCUCCUCAGCCCUCACCCAGCGAACAAGGCCAUUAGCGCCGCAGUGCGGGACAGAAACCUCCCCACUCUUCAGGGCUCCCGUCUGCCGGCCCUGCCUGGCCCUCCUCACCCUCAGCGUCUGCCCGAGAGAACAGAAGGAUGGAGCCCGGCAGGACUCAGAUAAGACUUGACCCCAGGUACACAGCAGACCUUCUGGAGCUCCUGCAGACCAAUUACAGCAUCAACUCUGCCUGCUUCUCUUACCCUCCGACUGCAGCCCAGCUCCUGAGAGAACUGGGUGCGUUGGAAAUCACCCUCACCAUCUUCUUGACCUUUCUUACCAUGGGCUCAGUUGCCAUCUUCGUAGAGGAUGCUAUUUAUCUGUACAAGAACACCCUUUGCCCCAUCAAGAAGAGGACCCUGAUCUGGAGCAGCUCUGCACCUACGGUGGUGUCUGUGUUCUGCUGCUUUGGCCUCUGGAUCCCUCGAGCCCUCACACUGGUGGAGAUGGCCAUAACGUCGUUUUACGCCAUAGUCUUUUACCUCCUGAUGCUGGUCAUGGUGGAAGGCUUUGGUGGGAAGGAUGCAGUUCUGAGGACACUGAAGGACACCCCGAUGAGGGUGCACACGGGUCCCUGCUGCUGCUGCUGCCCCUGCUGCCCACCCCUCAUACUUACCAGGAAGAAGCUUCAGCUGCUGAUGUUGGGCGCUUUCCAGUAUGCCUUCUUCAAGAUAAUGCUUAAUUUAGUGGGGCUCUUCCUCAUCCCUGACGGCAUCUUUGACCCAUCAGACAUUUCCGAGAAGAGCACGGCUCUGUGGAUCAACACUUUCCUCGGCGUGUCCACACUGUUCGCUCUCUGGUCGCUGGCCAUCCUUUUCCGUCAAGCCAAGAUGCACCUGGGUGAACAGAAUAUGGGAUCCAAGUUCGCUCUGUUCCAGGUUCUUGUCAUCCUGACUGCCCUGCAGCCUUCCAUUUUCUCCAUCUUGGCGAAUGGCGGGCAGAUUGCUUGCUCACCUCCCUUCUCUUCUAAAAUCAGGUCCCAAGUGAUGAACUGCCACAUGCUCAUAGUGGAGACCUUCCUGAUGACGGUGCUGACGCGGAUGUACUAUCGAAGGAAAGAUAACAAGGUUGGGUACGAGAUUGCUCAGCACCAGACCUGGACUUGAGACUCAAAGCCUGAGGCGAGUGGCCCGGACUAUGGAAAACAUACUGUCCUUCUCGGAAGAGCAUGAGAUUUCUCCUGUCCCUCGUCCUUAACCAGCGGUUAAGGCUCCCACUGGCGGCGCAGGCCGGCAGCUUCCAUAUUGACUAUAGGGAUGGAGGUCAAGUGCAGUAUGCGGAACUCCUCUGGGUUUGCUCGGGGAAGGCAUUUGAAGUUUUGGAAGGAACAGGGUGAAGGCUGAGACUCUGCACGAGGCACACUCCUUCUGUGGGUGCCACUCUUGGUCACCCUGAGCUUCUGCACAGCAGAAUAAAGGGGAGAAGAGUA